AUGCCUUCCCCUCCUUUGACCCCUGACGACGAUCGCGUCACCCACCACUCGGUCCCCAUCGACAAUCUCGUGUACCACUACAUCCAAUCCCUCCCAGCGCCCCCAACCAAGGCCCGGGGCACCAUCUUCCUCCUCCAUGGCUGGCCCGACACCGCCCUGACGUGGCGAUACACCAUCCCCUUUCUGACGUCGCCACCGCUCAGCCUGCGCGUCGUAGCCCCGGACAUGCUGGGAUACGGUGGGACUUCGGCGCCCGAGGACCCGGCAGAGUACAGCCUGAAGAGGAUGUCGAUGCACAUGCGAGCCCUGGUCAAGCAUGUGAUGGGCCAACAAGAAGAGGACGAGCAGCCGAGGGCAGAGAAGCCCGCGCCGGUGCUGCUGGCCGGCCACGACUGGGGCGCCGCGCUGGCCUGGCGCAUGGUGGCGCUCUGGACUCCCGGGCUGUUCAGCGGCGUGGCGUGCCUCAACGUGCCGUACCUGCCGCCCGACGCGGGCGAGUUUGUAGACAUGGAGGCGUACGUGGCUGCGAUCCCGUCGCUGCGCUACCAGCUGCAGCUGAGCGGCGACGAGGCCGUGUCCAUCAUCGACGACGCCUCGUCCGGCCACGCCAACCUACGCGGCUUCCUGAAUGGCAUCUACGACGGCCGCGGCCCAAACGGCGAGGAGUCUUUUACGGUGGACCAAGGCGUGCGCCAGCCCGAGGUGCUGCGCGUCGUGGGCCCGGCCAAGCUGAUGCGCGAGGAAUGGGUCGACUACUACGUUGCUCAGUUCGCGGCCAGGUCCUUCCGCGGGCCCACGAAUUGGUACCGGACUAGGAAGGUCAACUACGACGACGAGAAGGGGAUGAGUCACGUCGUGAUUCGGACGCCUUCCAUGGUGGUCAUGGGGAAGAAGGAUGACGCACUGCCACCGGCCCUGGCGGAUGGGAUGGAGAAAUGGUUCGGAGAGGGCUUGUUGAGGAAGGAAGUGGUAGACGCUGGGCAUUGGGCUCACUGGGAGGAAGCGGAGAAGGUGAAUUCAUUGCUGGGGGAGUUUUUCGGGCAUGUUUUGGACGGGUAG